AUGCCGUUCGAGACGCCGCACUGGCCGCAUGGGUGGACCGUCCAGGCCGCGUCGCCGCGCGGCUGCGCCACGGAGACGGACGGCCGGCUGCCGUACUUCCUGAUCGCUCAAGGGUAUAUCGGGCAGGGGAUGACAGGCGAGGUGGUGCAGGCGUGGGACAGCCGGGUGGCCGACCCGGCGCGGGCGCAGGUGGCGGUGAAGCUCAUACCGCGCGGGGCGGCGGUGGACGAGUAUGUGAAGCGCGAGGUGCUGCACCUGCACAACCUGUGGCACGCGCAUAUCGUGCUCUUCAGGGAGGUCUGCCUGUCGCCCAGCCACCUGUGCAUCCUGAUGGAGCCCCUGGCGGGAGGCAGCGUCCUGGACCACGUGCGGAAGUGCGGGCGCCUGGAGGAGAGCCUGUCCCGGUGGUUCCUGCAGCAGGCCGUGAUGGCCGUGGACUACAGCCACAUGAUGGGCGUCUGCAACCGCGACAUCAAGCUGGCGCACCUCCUGAUGGCCGACCCCUCCGAGGCGUGCGUCAAGCUGAUCGACUUCGGCGCCUGCAAGCACGACGACGACAGCGAGCCCGACACCUAUAUCGGCACACGGUCCUACAUGGCGCCGGAGGUCCUGGCCUGCAUGCCGGACCCCAAGUCGCGCCGGCCCCGCUGGUACGACCACGGGAAGGGCAGGUACGAUGGCAGGCUGGCGGACAUCUGGUCGCUGGGGAUAUGCCUGUUCCAGAUGCUGUUCGGGAUUGACGAGCAGCUGGUGCUGGAGCACGCCCCGUCCAAGAGGAGCUCCGUGGUGUUUCCCUGCGGCGAGGGGGACGGCGGACGAGCCGCGGUGUCCCUAUCGCCCGAGUGCAGGGACUUGCUGAACCGGGUGCUGCAGUACCUGCCGGAGAACCGCCUCGGCAUGGACGGCAUCUGGGCGCACCCCUGGUUCGCCAAGGACCUGCCGCCCGGCAGCGGGAGGGAGCACAACCUCAAGCUGGCGCUGGCGAAGACGGAGGAGAUGCACAGCGUGCCGGGGGCGCAGUCUGAGCGCGAGAUACUGCAAAUCCUGAAGGAGGCGCGGACCGCCUGA